AUGCGGGCGGUUCUGCCAGGGCGGCCUCAAACGAAGCUCCAGGCUCUCAGCACUGCGCUGUGGGAUGGUAUUCGGAUUGUUGCAUACAUUUCUGGACAUGCGCUUGUUAUCCUGACCGGAGCGCAAACGCUCCUGCAGACCAUCUACGUUGACGACACGGAUUGUCUCGAGGCAAUCUCUAUCGAUGAGGCAACUGGUCAAAUUGCAGUCAGUGGAGGAUCGGAUAUCUUCAUCUACCGUCCCAAUGGCUUCAAGGGGGAAUCAUUGAAGUGGUCUCUAGCCUUUGCGUUUUGCUCGGAAGACGACGAUGAAGAUGUGAAUACCCUGUCGUGGGGUACAUCCAAUGAACUCCUCGUUGCCAACUCUAUUCUUUCUGUGUGGUUCCUCAACGACAAUCCCCGUCUCGUGUGGAAAAAGAAAUUGGCAGGUCUCGCAAAAUUCGCCGAGUUCUCCCCCGAUGCGGAAUUUGUGGCGACAACAGGGAAAUAUGAUCAGCUUGUCAAAAUAUGGAAAAGACUAUCUUUUGGUGCUGAUGAUGUUCGAUUUGAGGUGUCUUAUCUUCCUCAUCUAGCGACUGUCACCAAAAUACACUGGCGAAAACCAUUUCAUAGGGAACAAUCAAUAGAAAAUGUAUUGUAUACAAUGUGUGCAGAUGGUAAAAUCAGAAUUUGGGCUGUUUCCGAUCACCAAGCUCUGUCGGUGAUGCAUCUUUGGACUGAGAUUGAUAUGAACGCUUCCAUUCAACCUAGAGACAGCCUCCAUACUUCCAAUCGUCGAUAUGGGUUUAUUGUUGAUGGCCGGGACUUCCGAGCUGCAACUGAGCGUGCCGUCCAAAGAAAUACGCAACAGGAUAACUUGGCCCUGGAACACCUUGUUGAGGUAGCGAACAAAAGCCCUGAUGUUUGCAUUAUUAUCGAUGACUAUGGCCAUAUGUGUGCAUGGGCCGUGGAUAAUAUUGGUGGAAAAGCCAAGUCUGCAGCCGACAUUUUCAAUAUUUUACACAUAGAGGGUUUACAGUUCUCUCUACCUAAGAACGCCUCUCCGCAAGAAGACUAUGCACAAUUUUAUUCCUUUGGUACUUCCACGGAAGAAGAGUCGUUGUCAAUACUAGCUCAUUACUUCGAUGGGAGGAUAGAAUGGAUCGAUUCCAAGGUCGACGUACUCUUCGAUCCAACGCCGCGAAAAAAUCGAUUAACAUCCCGAGGCAUCUGGUCUGGCCACACAGAGCCAAUUAAGAAGAUUGUUCGCAAUGCAAAGGGCCAUGUCCUUGUGUCACGAACAGAUGAUAACAAUGCGAUGAUCUGGCGUCAGAAAGUCAGAGGCUCAGGCUCCAUAUUAACUAGGCAAAGCUCGCUUUCGUCGCAAGAACAUAUUCACCGAACGUGUGUCAUUGGGGAUGGACACUUCCUUAUCAAUCUUCACCAUAACAGCCUAUCUCUAUGGGAUAUUCAGUCUUCUCCGGCUGUCAUGUUGGAUUCUCGUGGCUUCUCUAUUUCUAGCAAGCCACUUUGUGCUCUAACAGUUCCGAACCCUGAUUCAUCCGACAGUAUGGUCUAUAUUGCUACAAUAAGUGCAGAUAUGAAGGGCAUAGCUUGGGAAGUCGACUUGUUGGGUGCAAAUAACGACAAGACUGUGACUACCAGUGAAUCCGCCACAGUUUUGAGACAGUUCUGUACAUUUGAUAUGGGAUUGGACGAAGAUGUUGCCUACGUCUUAGCAGUGGACCCCGCGGGUCAGACUGUUCGCAGCUCAGGGUCGCUGGAUCUUUUUGCUGCGGAUAUUGCGCUAUCUUAUACUACAAAAGGAACUAUUCAUUCAUGGGCAGCCAAGGUUGACAAAACAAAUCAAAAACUAGACUGGCUGCUUACGUCGACGGUUGAGACGGGCGUGGCAAAUCCAUCUCUCGCGAGUGGUAGUUCAAUCAGGAAGGCUGCUCUCGUUGACCAAGAACGCACACAUCUCACUAUUUGGGAUACUAGUGGGGCUCAACUAGAGUUCGAAGAGCAAUUUCCAGACCACGACAUGAUUCGAGACCUCGAUUGGACGUCUACUCCAGACCAACAAUCAAUUUUAGCUGUCGGAUUUUCUCAUAAAGUCAUUCUGCUCUCCCAACUCAGAUAUGAUUACCUGGAUGCCGGUCCUUCAUGGACCCCAGUUCGAGAAAUUCGCAUCCGUGACUUAACUCCACAUCCCAUUGGGGACUCGUGCUGGCUGGGCAGCGGUAAUCUUGUCGUGGGUACGGGGAAUCAACUCUUUGUAUACGAUAAAGGGGUCGAAGCGCACAGCCGAUUGGUCUCUAAACUUCGCAUACAAGCUCGUAGAAGCACAUUCGUGGAUCUUUUCGAUGUUGUUAGCAGACUAAACGGGCCUUUGCCAGUCUACCAUCCCCAAUUUCUUGCUCAAUGUAUUUUGUCAGGGAAAACGAGUCUGGUGCACCUCAUCCUUCUAGGCCUGAAUAAAAAGUUGAAGUUCUACACGGAAGGUGACGAAAUCGAUACUUUUCUUGAAAUACCCAUUGAAGAAUUCUAUAGGGAUAAUGAUGAUUUACAGAGGACAUCUUGGAAAGGAUUACGAUCAUCCACUGAUCUUGAUGACCAUGAACCGCAAGUUCUGAAUGAAAACGUAGCAGCAAUUCUGAAUGAGAACCUUACUCGUGUCACACUUCCACAGCUUUCUAGCCACGAACAAUUCCGCCUCGUUGACCUAAUUGAAUGCGUUGCUACAGUUGAAAAGCAUCGUAGGUCCAUGGAUGCUAAUGCCGCCCGAUACUUACUCUUUUUUCGUCAUCAUAUGCUCCGAAGAAGUCAGGGAGUUGCCAACAAAGACACCGUCUCGUGGCGAGAGAUUGUGUGGGCUCUUCAUAGCGACAGCCAAGACAUUAUCGCCGAUUUGGUUUCGAGACAGUUCAGUGGUAAAAUGCUAUGGAAGUCGGCGAGAGAAAGUGGGAUUUUCAUGUGGCUGUCAGAUCCUACUGCCUUCAGAGCCCAACUCGAAAUCAUCGCUCGGAAUGAAUAUACCAAAACGGAGGAGAAAAACCCGAUUGACUGUUCACUUUAUUAUCUAGCUUUACGAAAGAAGAAUGUCCUCCAAGGCUUGUGGCGUAUGGCAACGUGGAAUCGCGAACAGGCUGUCACACAACGCCUGCUAGCAAACAAUUUCGAAGAACCAAGAUGGAAAACAGCAGCAUUAAAAAACGCAUAUGCGCUGCUCGGCAAGCGUCGAUUUGAAUAUUCGGCCGCUUUCUUUUUGUUGGCAGAUCAUUUACGUGAAGCUGCAAAUGUAUGCAUAAACCAGAUUGGGGAUAUUCAACUGGCAAUCACCAUCACAAGAGCGUACGAGGGUGAUGAUGGCCCUAUUCUGAAAGAGAUCCUAGAGGGUAAGGUUCUUGUAGAGGCUGCAUCAGAAGGCAACCGGUGGAUGGCAUCCUGGGCUUUUUGGAUGUUGAAUCGAAGAAGUUCAGCGGUACGAUCCUUAAUUUCCCCAGUCGACACUCUCAUACCACCAACGCCUGCAUCUCCUGGAAGUCCAGGUAUGAUCUCUCUCCAAGCAAGAUCUUAUCUUUCGAAUGAUCCUGCGUUGGUGGUUCUAUACAAACACCUGCGCGAAAAGACAUUGCAAACUCUCAAGGGUGCAACCCAAAUUCCACCAGCUGCUGAAUGGGCUUUUGUACUGCGCAAUGCCCGUCUCUACGAUCGUAUGGGCUGUGACUUGCUAGCUCUUGAUCUUGUAGCCCGCUGGGAAUUCCUUCGGGCGCCUCUACCUCAGACUCUAACUCCGUUCGCCGAUACCGAGACAGAUUAUCGCAAAUUUCUCCGUAGACGCAGCAGUCUAGUCAUUGCGGACCUGCCGCUGCGACUUCCACGUGAAGCAGCCCAAGAGGCUAUUAAGAGCCCGACAACACCAAAAAGGCCACAACCAAAGCCUAAACCUACUAUGUUCGAGGAACCGGAUUCCAAUUCGUUGUUAGACAGUUUUGGCUUCUAG